UUUGCUCGGUAGCUUCGAGAAAGCUGCUGCUGGUUUCUCAUGGCAGUGCUGGUCCGGCGGCUGCUGCCUCCAGCAAGCUGCUGGUGCUUUUGUCCUCGCAGGGAGGUUUCAGCAGCUUCACCCCUCGCGGUCCCGUCCUAAACAAGCUAAAAUCCAGUCGCUGGGCCAUGGGGAGCGAUGGGACUGCGCCUCGUGUGUCCUCGGGGAGCCUCGUAUCGCCCUGUCCUGCGGGAAACCCCCUCCUCUGAGGUUAUGCCUUUCAGGGCUACGGAUAAAGGGCAACCACCUCCUCUGGCCUUGAAGAGCCGAUAGAUAUCCCGUUACACAAGCUUUUCCUUGAGAAUGGGUCACCCUCCCCGAGCUGUAAUUCUUCCUGGCAGCGACAGUGCAAGUGGUUAUGGGACAACAAAAGAGGGGAUGCUGUAGCCGUGCAAGGUGAAGGACGGACCGACAGCCGCCGGCAGAGCCGUGGCAGUUAUUUACCCUCCUGAAGCGAGGGAGGCCAGCGCUUCGGCGAGCCGAGGAGCGCAGUCUGCAGGGAAAGAGCCAUUUGUCAGACACGAACAUCCCCCCGAGGGCUGCGAGGGGAGAGGGGCCGCUGCCGCAGCUCGAGCACGCUUCUGGAGGGAAAAAUACCGCUUGGGUUCGGUGUCUAAUGAGAUAUUUACCAGGAAGGAAAGGAAGUUAAAAAUAGAGUGACAGUGACUUCAAAGGGUGUUUUUGACUUCUAAGAAUAAUACCUUUGCUGGCACCGAUUUCAGAAAUAUUGGCUGUGCCUGGGUGUGAAACACAGAGGAGACGUUGCGGCUCGGUCGGUAGCCGAGGGAGCAAACCCAGACCUCCCGGCCCGACCCCGCGGGAGCAGCCAAGGAGGGGACGUUCGCAUCGCCGCGGGGGCCCGUGGGGAGCUCAACUGCAUCCGCAGGGCCGCAGCGGAGGGAGUUUGGGGAAGGCGAAGCCGCCGGUGCCCCGGCGUGGGUGGCACCAUGGGGUCCCCCUCCCCGCGGGCGCUGGUGGUCCUCGCCGCGGCGCUGGCGGGGCUCCCGGCUCCCCGAGCAGCGUACGGGCAGCCCAACUUCAUCGUCAUCCUGGCAGAUGAUGUGGGCUGGGGGGAUCUUGGGGCCAACUGGGCAGAGACAAAGGAGACCCCGCAUUUGGAUGAGUUGGCAGCCGAAGGGAUGAGGUUCGUGGAUUUCCACUCGGCCGCGUCCACUUGCUCACCGUCCCGCGCCUCUCUGCUCACGGGGCGCCUCGGGGCGCGCAACGGGGUGACCCACAACUUCGCCGUCACGUCGGUCGGCGGCCUCCCCCUGAACGAGAGCACCCUGGCCGAGGUCCUGCGGGAGGCCGGGUACAGCACGGGGGCUAUAGGCAAGUGGCACCUGGGACACCACGGCCACCACCACCCCAGCUUCCGCGGCUUCGACUACUACUUCGGGAUCCCCUACAGCCACGACAUGGGCUGCACGGACACCCCCGGCUACAACCUGCCGCCCUGCCCGCCCUGCCCGCGGCACGGCGCGGCUGCCAGGAUCGUGAGGAAGGACUGUUACACGGAGGUGGCCCUUCCUCUCUUCGAGGACGUCGCCAUCGUCCAGCAGCCCGUCAACCUCAGCAGCCUGGCGGCACGCUACGCAGAGGAGGCAGCGCGCUUCAUCCGGCGGGCGAGCGACAGCGGCCGUCCCUUCUUCCUCUACCUGGCGCUGGCCCACAUGCACGUCCCGCUGGGGGUCCCCCCGCCGCCGCCCCCCGCCUCGGGCAGGGGCAUCUACGGAGCCUCCCUGAGCGAGAUGGAUGCCCUGGUAGGACGGGUAAAGCGGGUCGCCGACAGCCACGGAAAAGGCAACACGCUCCUGUGGUUCGCAGGUGACAACGGCCCCUGGGCACAGAAGUGCGAGCUGGCGGGACGCCUGGGUCCCUUUGUGGGUGCCUGGCAGAGGCAGCGAGGUGGGAGCUCGGCAAAGCAAACGACCUGGGAAGGAGGGCACCGGGUGCCGGCACUGGCGUACUGGCCCGGCCACAUCCCUGCCAAGCAAACAAGCCACGCUCUGCUCAGCACCCUGGACAUCUUCCCCACGCUGGUGGCCCUGGCUGGGGCGGCACUUCCCCCGAACAGGCGCUUCGACGGCUUGGACGUGUCCCCCGUUCUCUUCGGGUGGUCGGAUGUGGGGCACAAGGUUCUGCUCCACCCCAACAGUGGGGCAGCUGGGAAGGACGGCGAGAUAGAGGCGCUCCGGCUGGCCCAGUACAAGGCGUUUUACACCACAGGAGGGGCGAUGGCUUGCGAUGGGAGCGUCGGGCCAGCUGAGCGUCACCAGCCACCGCUCGUUUUCAAUCUGGAUCGCGAUAGCCAGGAGCAGGCGCCUUUGGACGUGGCAUCCAGAGAAUAUCAGGCAGUGCUACCCGCAAUCAGCAGGGCUUACGCCCAGGCUCUGGAGGACAUCGCCACGGACAACACCUCGGUUGCAGAUUACUCCAAAGACCCGGCCGCGAUGCCCUGCUGCGACGCGCGGCACGUGGCCUGCCGCUGCCGAGCGCCCGGCUCUCCUGCAGCCCCGCGGGACCGGCGCAUGGCACAAAGAGCCCCGGGGCUUUGUCUUUAAGCAAAUCAUUGCUCAGGCUUCCCGGGUCUGGUUCCUGUGAACGGGACUGUUGGGCUUGCUGGCUCCGGGCGGGAGGUUGGCCACGGAGGGAGGGGAGGGCUGGAGGCUGCCGGUCCCUUGGCUCCGUGCGAUGAAGCAGGGAGGGGAGUUGUGGGUCUGUGGGAGCAGAAGGAGGGUCCCCUUUGCAGGGCUGUCCCCCCGGCAGGACUGUCCCCUGUGGCUGGAGGAGCAGGACACUGCAGUACCUGGUGGCUCUGGGCAUGUGGAAGGAGACGGGCUUUUUGUAGAGCUCUUUAGCUGAGAAAGAGCCAAGGUCUUGGAUUAAAACUAUCUUCUGUGA